CAUAUGAUUGGUCGGAAAUGCCAUCCUUUUAAUAUACACGAAGAAGAAGAAGUUUUGGCUGAGCAAGGCAUCGAGAGAUAUGGCGACUUCGAAGCUGCAAUCUCUGUGGAAUCAUCCAGCGGGACCCAAAACUAUUCACUUCUGGGCACCAACUUUCAAAUGGGGCAUCAGCAUUGCAAAUAUCGCUGACUUUGCUAAACCCCCUGAAAACCUUUCUUAUCCUCAGCAAAUAGCGGUUACUGCCACUGGACUCAUUUGGUCUCGCUACAGCACUGUGAUCACACCAAAAAACUGGAAUCUAUUUAGUGUCAAUGUUGCAAUGGCUACAACAGGCCUCUACCAACUGUCACGCAAAAUACAGCAUGAUUACUUUUCUGAGGCAGAAGAAGCUGCUGCUGCGAAAGAAUGAUGAUGAAAACUGCUUAGUUUCGUGUUCUGACCUGCUGUUUUGAUUCCAUUUGCGUCAAAUGCCUUGCGGUCAAUUCAGCAUCUCAAUCUGUUAUGAUGCUUUGUUUCCUUAAAGGUUGCAGGAACACUUGUUUUUUCUUGAUUUUUUGCCCGAGGGGCUUAAAUACUUCAAUUGCUAUAAUGUAGAAGUUGUAAGCGGAACGCUGAAGUAGACUGUUAUGCUGGCAAGGCCAUUAUGAACAAGAAAAGUUUUUAAUACUUCUAGCAUUCCAUUAA